AUGGGUUCUCUAUCAGAUAAAAAAGAGAGAACAUGGUGGAAAGAAGCUACCAUUUUCCAGAUCUGGCCAGCCAGCUUCAAAGACUCCAAUUCUGAUGGCAUUGGCGAUCUUGGUGGAGUUAUUCAAUCCCUAGAUUACAUCCGAAGCUUGGGUGUCGAUGCAGUAUGGGUGUCCCCCUUCUACGAAAGCCCACAGGUAGAUUUUGGAUACGAUAUUUCAAACUACGAAGCUAUUCACAAAGCCUAUGGCACCAUGGCUGACGCAGAGGCUUUAAUCGAUGCCUGUCACCAACGCAAUAUGCGCAUCUUGUUCGAUUUAGUCAUCAACCAUACCUCCGAUCAGCAUCCCUGGUUCCUCGAGUCGCGACAAUCAAGAAAAAAUCCGAAACGGGAUUGGUAUAUCUGGAAGCCACCUAAAUAUGACGAGAACGGCAACCGAAAGCCUCCGAAUAACUGGCGUUCCAACUUUGGCGGUAGCUGUUGGGCAUGGGAUGAGGAUACUCAAGAGUACUACCUGCACCUAUUCGCCGAUGCCCAGCCUGAUCUCAACUGGGAGAACAGAGCUAUGCGCGAGGCUGUAUAUGAUAGUGCAAUUCGCUUCUGGCUUCGUAAAGGUGUGGAUGGAUUCCGCGUUGAUACCAUGACCAUCUACAGCAAGAAUCCUGACUAUCCUGACGCACCUGUCGCGGACCCCGCCUCGCUUUAUCAGACUGGUCGCAAGUUCUAUGCUCAUCAGCCUGAAGUUUUCAAUAUCUUAGGCGAGAUCAAUCAAGUUCUCACCGAGUUCGGUGAUGAUAAGAUGACAGUGGGAGAAUUUGGCGUCCUAGCUGAUACAAAAAUGGCUCUUGACUAUGUCAGUGCCAGCAAACGGCGCGUGUCCAUGGGUUUUCAGUUUGAGACGGCUUGCAUUGGGUACUCUCUGAAUCAUUGGAACUUGAAGGGUUUCAGUCUUGUGGAAUUUAAGGCAAGUUUUGAAAAGUGGCAGCGAUUCAUUGAAGGGAACGAUGGCUGGACAUGCAUCUUCCUAGAGAAUCACGAUAUUGCACGGUCAGUCUCACGCUUCGCCAAUGACGAUCCUAUGUACCGGGCCGCAGCGGCCAAAGCCCUCGCUACGCUACUGGGCACGUCCACAGGCACAUUGUUCCUGUAUCAGGGGCAGGAGAUUGGUAUUACCAAUGCCCCGCAGGAAUGGGACAUCAGGGAAUAUAAAGACAUCAGUGCAUCGAACUAUUGGAAGCAGGUACAUGACUCCACCAAUGGUGAUGAAGCUGCCCUUGCCCAGGCCAUGAGAAAUAUCCGGUCGGUGGCCCGAGAUCACGCACGAACACCAGUACAGUGGAAUGACGAGGAACACGCGGGAUUCACCGAUGCCCCUACAGGGCCAUGGAUGGGAAUUAACGACAACUACCGUGAGGUAAAUGUGCAACAACAAGUAUCAGAUCCCGAUAGCGUGUUUGCUUUCUGGCAAAACCUGCUUAAGCUACGUAAAAAGCACGUAGAGUUGUUCGUGUAUGGCUCUUGGGAGACGAUAGACGCGGCGGAUAAGUAUGUGAUGACUUAUAUGAAGAAGUCGGAGGGCUCUAAUGCAUUAGUCAUGAUCAACUUCACCACUAAAGAUCAGUCGUGUCGAGAUCGUGCACCCCCGAUGUUUCACAACAUGGAGCCAGUUUUGACCAACAUGGUCAAUUGGAGGGUGGACAGACUUUGGCCUUUCGAAGCUCGUGUAUAUAUCAUGGAAGGAGAUGGCCCAGUAGCUAAAUAG